GGUUAAUAGACGGUCUCAGUAAACUGUAGUGGAAGGAAAAUGAAUCCCAUUUUCACUCCGUCACUUCACAGCCAACGACAUCAGUUUGUCGUCGAUUUUGUCAGAAAAAACAAACCUAAUAAGGUGGCUGACCUGGGCUGCGGUGAGUGCCAGCUCCUGAAGCAGCUCCGGUUUCAGCGGAGCGUCGAGCUGCUGGUCGGCGUGGACAUGAACGGGCCCAAAAUCAGGAAAAAGAUGCACGGAUUGGCUCCUCUGUCAACAGACUACCUGCAGCCUACCUUCCACCAGCUCCGCAUAGAUCUGUACCAAGGUUCAGUCACACAAAGGGACGCUCGACUCCGAGGGUUCGACUUAGUGACCAACAUAGAACUUAUAGAACACCUCACUCUUCCUGACUUGGAGCGCUUUUCUUCUGUGGUUUUUGGAUACAUGAGACCAGCGAGCGUCAUCGUCAGCACGCCAAACUCUGAAUUCAACAAACUGUUUCCUGGACUGACUGGUUUCAGACACAGCGAUCACAAGUUUGAGUGGAACAGAUCAGAGUUCAGAUCCUGGGCUCUUAAAGUGUGUUUGGAUUAUGGCUAUGAGGCUGAAUUCACUGGAGUUGGAGAAGCGCCUCAGGAGCAGCAGGAAAGUGUCGGUUUCUGCUCCCAGAUUGGUGUAUUUCAACGUUUGAACGUUUUACCCGACAGAGAUGAGGAGGAAGUGUUUUCCUACACUUUGGUGUACUCUGUAAAUUAUCCCACUUUGCGAGACAACAACACUUUCAUCAGAGUCCUGGUGAGUGAGGUUCUGUACUGGGCAGAACAAAUGAAGAACAGGUGGAUGGAGGAAACGACCGGAGGGACGAAUUAUGUUUCUCCACUCAGUCAGACUAGACAACAGAAACAAGCAGCAUGUACAGAAAGGUUGGAUUGUCCAGGUGGAGGUGAAGGGGAGGAGCGAACCGUGUCGCUUUGGAUAAACGACCAAGAAGAGUCCGGGACUUUAAACAGGUUUGUCGUCGUUCCUCUGGCGGCGCUCUGGUCCUUCUGUCCGAAAAUCGCUGAACUGAGUGGAAAUCUUCCCAAUCUGAGACGCCUCCUGAUGGAUCAGCCGAAGGUCAAACUGUCUCAGGAUGGAUCCUCUCUACUCGUAAAAUGUCAAGAACAAGAACCAGAACAGAUUGACAGCGAUGAAGAGGAGGAUGAGGAAGAUGCGUCAGCCGUCCAGUGUUCCCAGCAAACUGAACCAGAGGAAGACUGGGAAGCAAAUAUUUGACUCGGAGAAAUCGGUUUUGUUGUCAGGAAAAGCUGGUGUCUGGUGAAACGACAGCAGCUCUCCAUUCCAAGACAACAGAUUCACUUAAAGAGAAGCAGCAACUGAACUACAGUUUGUUACAAUGGAGAAUCAGGUCAAAACAUUAUGAGUAUGAAAUUGUAAAAGAAUAGAGAGAAAUAACUGGAUUUAGUUAGUAUUGAGAGAAUAGUCAUUAAAACUUUAUUCUCGUAUUAUUACGACUUUAUUCUUGUGCUAUUACUUCUCAUUAUUACGACUUGUCUUAUCAUUAUGAUUGUCUUAUAUUGUUACAUUUUUUAUCUUGUUUUAUUACAACUUAUGACUUUAUUCUAGUGCAAGAAUAAAGUCAUAAUAAUAUGGUAUUAUUACCACUCUAUUUG